GUAACGAUCAGCAACGUAAUUUGAAGUUCCGAACUACUAGUGAACUACCGCAAAAUCUUCCAAUGUGUUAUGGAGCCGUCCCAACCUUAGACCAGGAGGCAUACCUUCGUGGAGAAGGAACUGGCAACUUUCAAAUUAACAGGACACCGUCCCGUACGCUGUCCGCCGUCACACGGUCGGUACUGCCCCAUGUGCGUCUGUUUCGUAUCCAGGUGCCAGAAAAUACAACGGCCACGGUGUCAACCACCGGUACUGUCUCCCGACCGGUAUCGGAAUCGCAACCUAACAACUCAAACUAAUUGAUCACUCCGGCGCCGGUUAGAGGGGAUCGAACGAAGACCCGUAGAUCGCUUAUCACCGGCCGGGACAAACCGGUAUAUGUUAUCCCUCACUUUCUUAGAAUAAAGCAAACAAAAUUAAUACACACACACAUACUAAAUACCAUGACAUGGGCAAGACAUCCCCAACGAAAUAACUAACCGGUGGUGGUUUGGCAUCCUCCAAGCAGCGCGCCUCGAACAACGACACCCAUUUACAACCACCACGCACGCAGGGAAUGAAUAUUUUGAAUUUGUAUAUGGCAGAACGUUUCUUGUCUUAAUUUGGCUACAAAGCAAUUAACACAGCUAAGAACAAAAAACUCCCAGACAACCAAGAACAUAAUCUUCUCGUACACAUCCCAUCGCCAUCCCUUCCCGUUCCGGAGCCCAAAGCGAGUGGGGAGCUGAGGCCUAUAUAAGACGGGCACAGACGUAGCAGCGCCAUGUAUUAUUUGAGCCGCCGUGUGCUUAUCAUGUUGACGUGCAGUGUGCUGAUCACGACGAUUGUGUUCUUUACCGCCUACGGCGUGUACGGAGCACCAUCAUCCGCAGAGGAUUCUUCGGAAGAAAUCGCUGAUACGAACUCUGCCGACGUUUUGGAUCGAAAGCUUGGCUUUGAGCUGAAACAAGUCCACGUGUUUUUCCGCCACGGACAACGUACACCGGCUGACACGUAUCCGAAAGAUCCGUACGUGAACUAUACCUUUGAACCGUACGACUGGGGACAGUUGACAAAUCUAGGCAAACACUCAGUUUACGAGCAGAUCGGUUUCUUUUUGCGCGAUCGCUAUGGACGGUUCCUCGGUGAAACGUACAGUGCCAAGAACGUUUACGUACAGACGACCGGUGUCUCGCGAACACAGAUGUCGAUGCAGCUUGUGCUGGCCGGGCUUUUCCCACCGGAAGGCACACCACUGCAAUGGAACCGGCGUCUAAACUGGCAACCGAUACCGUACUUCAGCGAACCGCUUAGCCAAGAUACGCUUCUUCUAGUACGUGUUUCCUGUCCACGGUACACUGAAACUGUGAAGGAAUCUUUCAAGCUGCCGGAAGUCGUUACUCUUAUGAACGCUAACAAACAGCUGUUUGAGAAUCUCACAAGCAUCACUGGAUUGACGAUAGCGAAUCCGGACGACGUACAGUCACUGUUCAGUACGCUUAAAGCUGAGUCCGAGUAUGGUCUUAAGCUACCCUCCUGGACGAAAGCGUACUAUCCGGCCAAGUUGCUACCGUUAACGAAGAAAAGCUAUGCUCUCAACGUCUACACGGAUGAGAUGAAACGUUUAAAGGGUGGCCCGUUCCUUCGCAAGACGCUGAACGAAUGGGAAGCCUUGAUUGCUAAUCCGACUGGUACGCACAAGAAAAUCUUCCUGUACGCCGGUCACGACUCGACCGUCGUUAACAUUCUGUCGGCGCUGAAGGUUUGGGAUGAAACCGUCCUGCCCGAUUACGGUGUGAUGGGUGUGCUGGAGUUGUAUCGCGAUACUAGCAACGGCCAGUACGGUGUAACAGUCAGUCUGAAACAACUCGGCCAGCGUUUGGAGCGUCUCACAAUACCUGGGUGUACGCCAAUGUGUCCGAUCGAAAAGCUGAAAACAAUUCUGAAGGAUACGAUACCAACCGACUGGAAGAAGGACUGUGUGGCGAAAAAUCCUGACACCAUUGAACCACCACCAUCGGGCCCUUAGAAUAAUAGAAGUUGUACUGUGUAACUGUAACAGCGUAAGGUGUGAUUAAAUUUGAUGCCUAUAAGUAAACAUAAUCAUGCAUUGAAAUUAAUUUCCUUCCAAUUGU